UAUGAUACACCGUCGUCUGUUAAGACUGAACUAAUAAAAGAGACAAACUAAGGGGGCAGAGGGAGGGAGAGACCGAGUGACAAUACACAACCAGCAUGGCCGUGGGCACAUCCUCUUCGAUGCUCGGCGGCGCUCUCCUCCUCCUCCUCGUCGUCGUCCUCUCCUCGGCCACCGAUUUUCAUGACGGGUCAAGCUCCAGCGCCGCACCACUUUCCCCGCUGGACGACCUCUGCAUCAGCCUCGGCAGCCAGUAUGUCACACCAGACGUCUGCGUGGCGGCGCUCUGCGUCGACCCAUCCUGCCGCUCCACGCGCGGCUUGCCGGAGCUCGCGGCGCUCGCCAUCAGGCUGACGGCGGCCAACGCCACGGUGGCCAAGGCCAGCAUCGAGUCCUCGCUCGCCCACGCCACGGACGCCGAGACUAAGAAGGCCAUGCGGUCGUGCCUGCAGCUCUACGCCGGCGCCGUCGAGGCACUGCAGUGGGCGACAUGGUCGGUCGCCGCGGGGCAAUACAGAGGCGCUCGGGAGGCGGUACAGGCGGCUGUGUAUGUCCCAUCCGGGUGCGAUGGCAUGGCCCAGGUGGCGCUUCCCAGGGAGAACGACGACUUCUUCCAGAUGGCCUUCGUCGGGCACGCCGUCCUUGCAUGGGUGCAGCAUAGUAUCGAUCGGCUGACCAAUUGAUGAACCGGUUACCGAAUUCAUUAAUUAACCUGCUCCACCUCCGUAAUAAUAAGAUAAAGAUGUUGUCAACCUGCAACAACUAUGCAAUGGAACGGUGCAUUUAUUA